UUGGGAGUACUACUUAGUGUUCUUCUUACCCACUUUCCCUUUGCAUUUUGUUUUUUCAAACUUCGUUUCAUUUUCACAUAACCUUGUAACUCUGCUUAAUCCAUCUUAAUUCAGUUUCAAGUUUUCAAUAUGGGAAUUCUCUCAAGUCUUCGCAAGGGAGUUGGAAACGCUCUUGUUAGGAUCAUAUAUGGGAAUUGUUUCAAGCCAACAACGUCUGAUGAUGAUGAUCAAGAUUAUUCUAACAUAUCAUCACCAGAUCACCAUGUCUCCCAACCUCCUACAAAUGGUGUUCUAUCUCUGGCUUCUGAUCUUUUUCACUUUGACAAUACUUGUGAGGUUCCUGAAUUACUUAGUGAGCAUGUUGCAUCAUCAAAGAAAGCCCAAGUUAAAUGGUACAAAAAAAUAUUGAAAGCAUGGAAAGGUGCAAAACCACCACCAAAAACACCUGAGCAAGCAUCUAGGCUUGUCAUGCAGACCUUACACCAACACCAAAAGGCCGAUGUCGAGGGUCUAUUGAAAUUCUAUGGUCUUCCAGUUCUGCAUGAGCAUGAAAUUGACAUUCCUGCAGAAGAAGACUUUCCUCCUCCUCGGCCUGAAGGAGUGAAAUUCGAAUUACUCACAUUUCCGGUGGAUGCACAAUCUGUUCCUGAUGGGGACGGCUUAACCGUUUAUGUUGACGUCGCGGACCCCAGGGAAGCCACCAUCAGUGUGCCUGAGGAUGUACAAGCGGCAGUAUCAGAACGAUCAAAAGCACGUGCAUCCAAAGAUUAUACGAAGGCAGAUGCGCUGCAUAAGACCAUUGUAGAUGCUGGUUACAGAAUCCUAAAAGGUUCAAACAAUGAGGAAGUUCUUGCCAGAAAGUAUCGGAUUCGAUUGAGGGGCAUCGAUGCACCAGAGAACAAACAGCCAUCUGGAAAGGAGGCGAAGAAAGAACUUAUUAAGCUGGUUCAAGGAAAUUGUGUGAUUAUUCAUGUUUAUGGGGAGGAUAAAUAUAAUCGACUCGUAGGAGAUGUUUAUUGCAAUGGGAAAUUUGUGCAGGAAGUAAUGCUCAAGAAAGGGCUUGCUUGGCAUUAUGCAGCGUUUGACAAGCGUCCUGAACUCAAAAAGUGGGCUAAGGAGGCUAAAGCUGCUGGGAUUGGAUUAUGGGCAUCUUCAGAUCCUGAAAAGCCAUGGGAAUGGAGAAAAAACAACAGCCGCGAUGGAAACUAGACAAACAGAAUUUAGGAUUUGGUGUAUGUGUCUGUUUUUCUAUUCAGUUGUUUACUACUGGAGUUACAGGACGUUAAUAGAGCUGUUGUGAUCACUUGUAUUUUUGCAUUAUUUGGUUAUUGCUGCAACUUUGCGCAGUGAAUGUUUACCAAGUAUUGCUUAGUAUCGCAGUGUCCUUACACUUUUGUAUCUUAGAUCAUCAACCAUCUGUUUACAGCAUUUAACAAACAAUUGCUCUUUCUUUGUAAAUUGUAA